UCCAGAUUAGAAGCUAUUCGAAACGAAUUUCAAAACUUGAAUCAAAUCCUAUUGAAUCGUCCAGAUGCAAAUGAUCCAGUAUCUGGUCACAUUUCACCGAAACCAAAGACACCUUCUCUUUUGGAACUUGAAGCAACAGGUCAAUUAAUCCAUCACAUUCAACAAGGCUGGGACACUAUACACAACACUAACCAAGAAAACUUUAAAAAGGCUCAAAAAGCAGAUCGUUUAUCAAGGCAGUUAUUAGGCAUAAGUGAAUUACAUCAUCAUGCCUGUGAUCAGAUAAGCCAUGUAUCCAGCGAUAUUCAAGAGAUGCACCAUCAUUUGGAUGCAUUACAGAGUUCUGCAGUCACUCUGAUGCAUACACUAUCACAACUGGAAGAAAAGAUAGAUGCCAUGUCAAUAGAACAUGAAAUGCAACAAUUUGAAUUGUGGAAACAAGAACAAGAACAACAACUUGAAGCCGAAAUCGCUCUUAAAAGACAAGCAUUGCGUGAGAAAGAAAAUACACUUAGACAACAGUAUGAAGAAUACGAUCAUAUUCAGCAAAAAAAGAGGCUCGAAUUGUAUGAAGCUAAUUUCAAUGCUGAAUUAGAAGACUAUAGGCAAAGAAGAGAGACCAAAGUGUCUUCUUUGUAUUCAAACUAUCAAACAUCAACCACUGUGCCUACAACUACACUGGAACAACUUAAAUUAGAAGAUCAUCAAGAUCUAAGUGACUUUUUAGAGGAUGAAGAUGUGAUAGAACAAAAGACACAGCACAGAGAUGUUUCAAGUGAUGACGACGAAGAAGAUGGACGUAUUGAGAUUUUAGCAGAUGAAGAUUACCAAGAUGUUUAA